CGGUGGGCACCCAAGCUGUCCCCCAGCACCCGGGCCACCACCCUUCCAUCUGGGGUGGGGACAAGCUCUGUCACAGUCACUCGGGGCUGGCACAGCUUCCCAGGUGACCCCGUCCGUCGCCCCUGGGGACGUCCUCCAGCCCCGCUAGCCCAGCCCGCGGCUCUGCCCACUCCGCUCUCCCUCCGCCCCGCAGCCCUCGGGGCUGUGCGAUGCUGCGGGUGCAGGAGGGAACACAGCCACAGGUGAAGAAGACACAGCCAACAGUGUGGACACAGCCAGCGGCAGGGACACGGCUGCCGUCGGGGACAAGGGGCACCGACGGGGAUACAGCCCGCAGCGGGGACACAGAGACCAAAGGGACACGGCCACCAGUGACUCUUCGAGCCCAGGGAAGGUGGCACCGCGCACCCGGCAGGUGGCACAGGGGCCACCGAGCCGGUCCGUGGCAGAAGGCGAUGGUCCCGGUGCCCAACAGCACGGCGGUGGCGUGGGCUGGCGACGUGGUACGGCCGGAGCUGGAGCGGUCACCGUGCCUGGUGGGAAUCUUCCCCAUUGUGUAUUACAGCGUCCUGCUGGGGCUAGGGCUGCCAGUGAAUGUCCUGACUGCUGUGGCCCUGUCCCGCCUGGCCACGAGGACUAAGAAGUCAUCAUACUGGUACCUGCUGGCCUUGACCACCUCCGACAUCCUCACCCAAGUCUUCAUCAUCUUUGUGGGUUUCAUCCUGCAGACGGCCAUCCUGGCCCGGGCGGUGCCCAGUGCCUUCAUCCACACUGUCAACGUGCUGGAGUUCGCAGCCAACCACGCUUCCAUCUGGGUCACUGUCCUGCUGACUGUGGACCGCUACGUGGCCCUGUGCCACCCGCUGCGGUACCGCGCCGUGUCCUACCCCCAGCGCACCCGCAGGAUCAUCGCGGCUGUCUUUGCCGUGGCUCUGGCCACAGGCAUCCCCUUCUACUGGUGGCUGGACGUGUGGCGUGACGCCGACCCCCCCACCGCCCUGGACAUGGUGCUCAAGUGGGUGCACUGUGUCACCAUCUAUUUCUUGCCCUGCAGCAUCUUCCUGGCCACCAACUCCAUCAUCAUCCGCAAGCUGAAGCAGCGGAGGCGCUCGGGGGGCGGCCGACCCCGCUUGAGCAAAACCACAGCUCUCCUCCUGGCUGUCACCACCGUCUUCAUUGUGCUCUGGGCUCCCCGGACCAUUGUCAUGAUCUGUCACCUCUACGUGGCUUCAGUCAAGAGAGACUGGCGCGUGCACCUGGCCUUGGACGUCGCCAACAUGGUGGCCAUGCUCAACACCACCCUCAACUUCUUCCUCUACUGCUUCGUCAGCCAGACCUUCCGCCGCACAGUGGGCGAGGUGCUCCGGGCCCACCUCUGGCACAGCCCCCAGCACAGCCCCCAGCACAGCAGCACCCGCUUCCCACCCCCAGCCCUGAAACCACUGGAGCUGCUGGCCAGAACAGCCCUCUGAGCCAGGGCAGCCACCAGCCAGAGCAGCACCAGAAUCCCCAGCCAGUCUCAUGGCAUUGCCCAGGACCUGACAGCACUCUGCCUCAGGGACACUGUCCCCCUGACACCCACCCUCCCUGGAGCUGUGGGCUAAGGCCAGUGCUGGUGCUGGCAAGAGGAUAUCUUUGUUCCCAGCUGGCUGGUUGUGCUUGUUUGGGGACAUGCGGCCACCCUGAGUGGCAGCAGCACCCGCUGCACGUCAGGGACCCCUGCCCACUGCCCCCCCAGGCUGGGCUCCCCUCCAGCCCUGUGACCAUGAGACUCAUAGGGUUUCUGUGGAAGGGUGUCCACGAUCCUGGCUGCUCUCCUGCACCAGCUCCAGCCCCUGCUGAAUGCAGGCACUGAAGGUCCCAGGGGACACAGCAGGCACAGCUGCCCUGUAGUGAGGGGACAGGCACAAGGUGCCCACUGGGUGCCAGCAGGGUCGUCCUUGCUUCCUAAAUUGCCAUGCUGAGACCAAAACUCUGCCUGGAUCCAGCUCUGGGAUGGGAGCACCCUGCACCAGCACCUCUAGCCCCGACCUCUCGGCUCUGCCCACCCUGGUGCCCUCAGGGGUGCUGGUAAGGAACGUCCACAGCGUGCAGCAUCCCCAGCCCAGGCACCCGGCAAGACCCCAGCUCUGGGACCUGCAGGAUCUGGCUCCCAAACAUUAUCCCAACCCUGGGGACACUCGGGACAUUCCAGGAGAGACACCCGGACAGAUUGCAGCCUCCCGGACACCCCCGGUGCACCCCAGCUGCACGAUUCUCUCACUGGCUGCAAGGGAGGGGACUCAUGAUGCUCCCCUGCAUCGAGUGUACCCAGCACCCGUGCCGCCCUCCCAGUUUCACCAGUGCCAAGCUGGUGUGACGCCGGGUCAGCGGC